AAUUUAGAGAGUCACGUGAUCCAUGUUCUCUAAAACAAGGAUGUGAGACAGAAACAAUCUUUUAGACAGCUGCAAGUCGGACAAACAUCACAUGAGUGUUUCUGCGAGCCCGUGCUGACAUGAAGUUUUUGGUGUUCUUCUGUUGGAUUGUGGGAUCGCUCAGUGGACAGCAGCUCUGGCCUGUGCCUUACGAGCGACUUGACAGGCGUCCAGAUGUGGAUCCCUACUGCCAGGCUUUGUACCCGUUCUGCCCGAGCGGGGAUCCAGACGGCCGGAUCCCUGUGAUGACCGACUCGGACAUCAUCUCGGUGUUCAGACUGCAGACUCCGGUGUGGGAGUUCAAAUACGGAGACAUGCUGGGAAAGUUUCAUAUCAUGCAUGAUGCCGUCGGCUUUGGAAGCGCAAGAACGGGACGAAACUUCACCUUGGAGUGGUACGAGCUGUUUCAGCUGGGGAACUGCACCUUUCCGCACGAGAGAGCGAGCGUGAGCGCGCCCUUCUGGUGUAAUCAGGGAGCCGCCUGUUUCUACGAGGGCAUCGAUGACAUCCACUGGAAACAGAACGGCACUCUGGAGAAGAUCGGAGAGAUUUCGGGCGAGGUGUUUAAUGAGAUGGCUCGCUGGGUUCAGGAGGACAACGAAACGGGUGUUUAUUACGAGACUUGGACGGUCAAGUCAGAUGCUGGUGCAAACGCCACCACGUGGUUUGAGUCCUACGACUGUUCUCAGUUUGUGCACCGCACAUAUAAGAAGUUGCUGGAUUUGGGCGCCGAGCUGUCCAGCCAGACGCCUACUUAUUACACCAAGAUCUAUCUGUUCAGCGGAGAGCCGGUCCAUUUGGGAAACGACUCCAUCUUUCAGCAGUCCUCCACCAAAGAUCUGGCCACAGACAUCAAGAAGUUCUUCCACUCGUUCCGCUCGCACCAGUCCUUCGUGGAAAUGAUUGAAAGCUUGUUGGAGGCUUUUGAAAAGGUGGUCCUAGAGAAGACCUUCUAUUUCUACUACAACUCUGAAUAUUGGAAGCUGCCGAUGAAAUAUCCUUACAUUAAAAUAACCUUUGAGGAGAUUCCUCUACCAUAACCACCAUAUUGUUUUUGCCUAAACGAUAUUGGACAACCCCUAUUUUUGCUUGUAAAUAAAAUUACAUUUUAAAUGUU